CACAAAAACAACAGCUCGACACCAUGCACGUCAAAGACCGCACCUUCGUUAUCACCGGCGGCGCAUCCGGGCUCGGACUCGCAACAGCAGAAGACCUCCACCAACAUGGCGGGUACAUCGCCAUCCUGGACAUGAAUCCCGAGAACGGCGAGAAAGUCGUGAAGAGCAUCGGUGGUGACCGCGCCAAGUUCUUCGAAGUCGAUGUAACCGAAACGGAAAGUCUAGAGGCUGCCGUCAAGUCCGUGGUGGAGUGGACCAAGCAGACAUCGAAGCCCGUUGGCGGCGUUAUUCCGGCUGCUGGUGUUGGACGUCCUGGAAAGCUGCUGGAUAGGAACUUGAACCCCAUCAAGAUGGAGGCGUUGGACUGGGUGAUCGACAUCAAUUUGAGGGGCGUGCUGAACACAAUUCGCCUGGUCCUACCUCACAUGGCUCGCAACGAGCCCAUCGGCGAGGACAACGAACGGGGAGUUAUCGUUAUGGUGUCCUCAUCCUCUGCCUUCGAGGGCCAAGUCGGACAACUCAGCUACGCCGCGACAAAGGGAGCCAUCCGAAGCAUGACCUUGGUCCUCGCACGAGAUUUGGCACCCAACGGAAUCCGCGCCAUGUCGAUCGCACCCAGUCUGUUCAAGACGGCCAUGAGCGACCAGCUUUCGCCCAAGGUACUGCAAGCUCUUGUAUCGGCGACUGAAUACCCUAAGCGACUGGGAAAUGCGAAGGAGUUUGCCAUGAUGGUCAGGCAGUGCAUCGAGAACCCCUACCUGAACGGAGAGUGCGUAAGAUUGGAUGGCGCAGUCCGCAUGCCGGCAAAGAUGUAGUAUAGUGUAUAGCAUUGGGUAUCUCGAGUACGCGGGGAGG